AACAAAACAGGAAGUGGACUUAUGUUUGGUGCAGACGAGGAUUCUUGUGUCAAUAAUGUCGUAGUUUCAGUUAAAAUAAUAAACAUGUAAUUAAAUCGAAACAGACAUGAAAAGAGGGGGAAAAUGCAGCCCACUCACGCCAUCGACAUCCUGGGUUGUUAACAAGCAACUAGCAUGAGCCUCUUUGUGGACAUUCUCGUCUGCAACACGACCGUGUCUGGAGUCUGCGGGAGGAAGUGUUACGAAUACGAUCAGUGCUCGAGCUCUGCCUAUUUUGUUUCCUUACAAGACGACACCUGGCUGUCCUACAAUACCAUCAAGAGUACUUACGUUAUUCUCUUUUAUCUGAUUGUCGCCCCUUUGAUUGGUGCGAUCCUCUUCUUCUGCUGGAAGGGUUACGAGGACGCCUGCGAACACUGCGACUCCAAGAGGAACAAGAAGGCGGACAUGUCCACACCCAACUACAAGCUCAAGUAUGAAUGUUGCAAGCGAAACGUGGCGCCCAUUUUAUUUCCAAUCCCUCCAGACUUUGACUUCAAACAUCACUGUGGUCAGAACUGUCUUGGUCCAAACAAAAUCCAGCAACCGCGUUAUAUCUAACCGAUGAGACCAAUACAGAAGUCCAGCUUACGCUGAUGUGUAGAGCAUUAUGUAAUAGUACAUAGUACAUUUUCUUUUGUUUCAAGUGCCCUCACAACUCUAUACUGCAUACAUAUGCUGUUAUUCUGUGAGUUAUAGAAUGUCGCGAGAACUGGCAUGUUUUGGCCUAUAUAAUUUAGUAUGGGGCAAUAUAAUUCAUCAUGGAGGUUAAUUAUUUUGACUAAUAUUUAGGUAUUAUUUAUAUAUACAUACAUGAUACCAUUAGAAAUAUAUCUAAAUUAAAAAAACUACUUUUACACUAAACAA